GGCCCCGCCCCCCAACUCUCCGCGCCGGGCGCGCGGGGCCGCUCGGACCGACGGCUCGGCUGCACCGGCGCUGCGCUGCGCUGCGCUCGGCUCCGACCGGCUCGGCUCGGUUUGGCACGGCUCGGCUCGGACCGGGUCGGUUCUAUUUGGCACGGCUCGGUUCGGUUUGGCACGGCUCGGCUCAGCUAGGCUUGGUCCAGCCCGGUUCCACUCCGCUCGGUCCUGCUCGGCGCAUCUCAGUCCUGCUCAGUCCCGCUCCGCUCGGUCCUGCUCGGCUCGGUUCCACUCGAUUCGACUCGGCUCGGCCCGGCCCGGGGCGCGGCCCCCGUUUGCGGUCGGAGAGGCGAGCAGCACCGCGCCCUGCGAUGCCGUUUGGCUGCGUGACGCUGGGAGACAAGAAAGAUUAUAACCAGCCGUCCGAGGUGACCGACAGAUAUGACCUGGGCCAGGUCAUCAAAACGGAGGAGUUCUGCGAGAUCUUCCGGGCCAAGGAGAAGACGACAGGGAAGCUGUACACCUGCAAGAAGUUCCUGAAGCGGGAUGGGCGGAAAGUGCGGAAAGCGGCCAAAAACGAGAUCAUCAUCCUCAAAAUGGUGAAGCACCCCAACAUCCUGCAGCUGGUGGAUGUCUACAUCACCCGCAAAGAGUAUUUUAUCUUCCUGGAGCUGGCCACCGGCCGGGAGGUCUUCGACUGGAUCCUGGAUCAGGGCUACUACUCGGAGAAGGACACCAGCAACGUCAUCCGGCAGGUGUUGGAGGCUGUUGCCUACCUGCAUUCGCUCAAGAUCGUUCACAGGAACCUGAAGCUGGAGAACCUGGUGUACUACAACCGUCUGAAGAACUCCAAGAUCGUCAUCAGUGACUUCCACCUGGCCAAGCUGGAGAAUGGGCUCAUCAAGGAGCCCUGCGGCACCCCCGAGUACCUGGCUCCGGAGGUGGUGGGGCGGCAGCGGUACGGGCGGCCGGUGGACUGCUGGGCCAUCGGUGUCAUCAUGUAUAUCCUCCUCUCGGGGAACCCCCCCUUCUACGAGGAGGCAGAUGAGGAUGACUAUGAGAACCACGACAAGAACCUCUUCCGCAAAAUCCUGGCCGGGGACUACGAGUUUGACCCCCCAUACUGGGACGACAUCUCGCAGGCAGCCAAGGAGCUGGUGACGCGGCUGAUGGAGGUAGAGCAGGACCAGCGGAUCACAGCAGAGGAGGCCAUCUCCCACGAGUGGAUCUCUGGCAACGCCGCCUCCGACAAGAACAUCAAGGAUGGCGUCUGUGCCCAGAUCGAGAAGAACUUUGCCCGGGCCAAGUGGAAGAAAGCCGUGCGAGUGACCACACUCAUGAAACGCCUGCGGGCACCUGAGCAGACGGAGACGGCGCCGGCCACCACCGCUGCCACCACCGCUGCCACCACUGCCACCACCACCACCGCCGCCACGGACACUGCUGCCCCCGCGGCCCCUGCCACGCCGCCCGCCGCCGCGCAGCCCCCAGCUCCCGCCACGCCGCCCGCCACCACGUGUAACGGCGAUGGGGCAGCUGCCGCCGCCGCGGCCACCACCGAGGCCCCCAGCGAGCAGGCGGGCUGAGCGCGUCCCCCCCCGCAUCCCCCCCUGUACAUAGUCCUGGCAUGGUCCCCCACGCCCCCGCCUGCACCCCCUUUUCUACGUGCCCCGACGGAGAGCCAGCCGCGGGGCAGAGCCCUGCAUGGAGCCCGUCCUCCCCGGCCCCCAGCCCCUCCUGGCCCCCUCGGUGGCUUUGCCGGUCGCUCUGUCCCCCCUUCGCUCUCUCAGUCUGUCCCCCGCUAUUGUCCCCCCCGGGGAUGCCCAGGGGUGCGGGGCUGGGGGCAUCGCGCGGGACCCCCGGGAUGGUGCGGGACUGCAGGAGGGGCCGCAUGGCGGAGAGGGGACCCCAGCGGGCAGAGCACCCGGUGCCCCCCUCCACCCGGGGUGGGGGCGUCGUGGGGGCGAGGGAGCAGGGGGGCAGCCGCGCGGCCCCCACGCACCGUGCCCGGAGGAUCCCAGUGGCCCCCGCGCCGCCCCCGCUCCCGUCCCUCACAGCUGCAUGCCCGCGGGGCCGCCCCGCGCUGCAUCUCUGGCCAAUAAAGACCCCGCUGAGGACAAACUGGGACAGCA